AGAGACAACAAGGACACUGCGUAUGGUAAGGACUACGGUCUGGUCUCUAUGCGGAACAUCAAGGACUUCCGCAGCAAACAUCCUCUAACCAAAUACGACCAUUACCGCCCCUACGUGCAACGCAUGAUGGACGGGGAAGGUAGCGUCCUGACGGCGGUGAGACCGAAGUCUUUCACUCGUACUUCAGGUACGACCGGACAACCAAAGUACUUCCCGAUAGUAGAUAGACAAGGUAUCCUAAUGGACAUAUCAUCAGUCGUAACGGGAUUGCUCCAAGAGGCGUUUCCUGUUCUUGGACCGCUACAGAAACGAUUGCAGUAUUACGUUCAUCCGGUGAUAUCUCGCUCUAAGGCUGGUGUACCAAUAGAAUCGGCGCUCACGAUCCCAGCAGACAACGCCCUCCUAAUGUCAAUCUUCAACACACCCCCGGCUGGCUUCACUAUCCUGACAGCGUAUGAAGCCACUUAUAUUCACCUGCUGUUUGCACUGAGAGACAAAUCUAUAGGAAUAAUCGCUUCUAACUUCGUAACCUUCUUUGAGACGAUGUUGGUACAGCUGGGGAAUUGUUGGCAAGACAUCGUUGAAGACAUCGAACACGGGACCAUCCUGUCUUCUCUCAAUCUCGACGCAGGAAUCCGCGAGCAGCUUUCCCGUGAGCUGGAAGGAAAGGGCGACCCCAUUCGGGCGGAGGAGUUGAGGAAGGAAUUCAAGAAGGGUUUCGAGCACAUAGUCCCUAGGGUGUGGCCUCACGUCAAAGUGAUCAUGGGCGUAGACCCACAGGACACCAGAUUUCGACUUGCAAGGAAGUAUACAGGAGAUAUUCCAAUAUAUUCUUACGUAAUCGGCGCAUCUGAGGGAUUUAUUGCAAUGAACAUGUGGCCAUUAGAGAAGAGGCUCGGCUAUGUUCCUUCUUUUCUUCACAACUUCUACGAAUUCAUCCCCAUCGCUGAACUAGAUGAAGAAGAACCUGCUACCCUCUUACCCCAAGAACUCCAAGUAGGUGAGAGUUAUGAGAUCGUCAUCACAUCAAAAUCCGGGCUCUAUCGGUAUCGCAUGGGUGACGUCAUCAAUGUUACACGAUUUGAACAGGCAACACCGGUCUUUGAAUUCGGAUACAGGUUAGGUCUAUUUAUACACUUUGGGGUGAAGAUAGUAAUAUUGUUAUGA